AUGAAAAUGCAACUAUUGGCCCGGGAAGCAGGGCUUUCAGCCGAUGUGCAUAAGAGGUUCGAGACUCAACUUCUGCAAAUGGAGAAUCGAACCUAUCUUUGGCUCCACCUAGCACUAGAUGACAUUCGCAUAACUCUCAAUGAUAGUCUUCAGCCAGAUGCUGAGUCAAUCAGACCUGUCCCCACUACAGUGAAUGCAGCAUACGCAAAAAUCCUGGCCAGAGUCCAUGCCGAUCAAUUCUCCACUGUCAAAAAGAUUCUUCUCAUCAUUACUGGAGCACGUCGCCCAUUGACAAUACAGGAAAUGGCCCUAGCCUUGGGCAUAGCUCUUAAGCCGGAUCAUCGCUGA